AUUGCGAACUGUCAAACCGCCACGGGCCCACAGCCAAACAAAAUACAAAACAAACGGAGAAAAAUCGGCUUCCUUUCGGCGUUGUGCGCGAGUUUUCCCCGUUUUUUCCGCUGAAAAGUGCCUGGUCGAGCCAUUUUACGGGUGUAUCCGUUAUCCGAUGGUGCUUGACCGAAUGCGGUUGCUGUUAGGAUGAAAGUCACGGUUAAAAGCUGGAUGGGUGUCGCCGUCUGGAAAUGGCUGGCCAACGAUGACAACUGCGGCAUCUGUCGUAUGGCAUUCGAGGGCUGCUGUCCGGACUGUGCCCUGCCCGGUGACGACUGUCCGCUCGUGUGGGGCGCCUGCUCCCACUGCUUCCACAUGCACUGCAUCGUGAAGUGGCUCAACUCGCAGGCCAACCAGCAGUGCCCGAUGUGCCGACAGGCGUGGAAGUUUAAUGACAAGUAGUGGGCAGAAAACAAGGGGUAGAUGGUACGCUGUUCCGACCGAGGUGUUAACGUGUGGAAUCGGUUUCCGGCGUUAGUAAUAAUCGUAAAGCUAAGGGUAAUGAUGAGCGCACGGACUAGGUUGUAAGGAAAAAUGCAGGUUUAAACGCGAGUAGCAACAGAGUAACAGAGAGGCCCAAGUUGCCCCGGCGGACAGUAUUCCCGGUGGAAGUGCAAAUUGCGGUGUGGCAAGUGUGUGUGUUUGUGUGUUCAUACAGUGUAGCAGUGAGUCGAGUCGGUUCGAUAUUUGGCCAUAUAUUAGAAAAUAUAAUCCUUAUUCUUCUGGUGCGGUGUGCGUUUCCGGCAAGGUGCAAAAAAGGUGGAAAGAAUACGUAACGAGUUGAAGAUAAAGUGCUAAUAAGUAGUUGAAGUAGUGGCUCGUUUCAAUUUUACACCAUAAUCCCCGUACAUAACGUGUAAGUGGCCCACGUGUUCCUAGACGAGCUGCCGGUGUGACCAGUCCUAUCAAUUCAG